GGCACUUCCGUUCCCGGAGUGUGAGGUUGCCUUAGUAUUUUCCGUGGGAGUGGAGCGUCGGUUCCAGGUCUCCUGGCUCUUUCCGAACUUCCUGGCUGUAUACUUGGGACCCGCAACGACCCGGCGGCCGAAUGAGGGAAAAAGAAGCCUUGCGGAGAACGCAGGUUCAGAUCACGUGUUUUGGCACGGAUUCCACAGAAGUGGUGAGGUGUCCUUGUCAUUGCAACAGAAUAGGAGCCGGAGGAUGUCCGUUUGUCCCUAUGUGGGUGAACUCAACUUUAUUCACUAGGCUAAGGCACUUCCAGGCAUUGUGCUGCCUUGCUGGGAUCUGUAUCACUCAGGACUCUGCACAUUCCCAGAAGUAGGAGGAAGAAUGACCACAUUCAAGGAAGCGGUGACGUUCAAGGACGUGGCUGUGGUCUUCACGGAGGAGGAGCUGGGGCUGCUGGACUCCGCCCAGAGGAAGCUGUACCAGGAUGUGAUGCUGGAGAACUUCAGGAACCUGGUGUUAGUGGGAGGAAAGAUCCAAAGUGAGAUGGAGACCAUUCCAGAAGCAGAACCACAUGAAGAACUUUCCUGCUGGCAGAUCUGGCAACAGAUUGCAAAUGACUUAAUCAGGUGUCAAGACUCCAUGAUAAAGAGUUCUCAGUUCCCCACACAAGGGGAUUCUCCCAGCCCUGUUGGGGUAGGACUAUCGUUAACUCACACAGGCCAGAAACAUUACCAGUGUAAUGAAUGUAAAAAAAUUUUCACUGAUGUCUCCCGCUUUGAUCUUCAUCAACAAAUACACUCAGGAGAGAAGUCCCAUACAUGCAAUGAGUGUGGAAAAAGCUUCUGCUAUAGCUCAGCACUACGUAUUCAUCAGAGAGUUCACUUGGGGGAGAAACGCUAUAAGUGUGAUGAAUGUGGUAAGGAAUUCAGUCAGAACUCACGUCUGCAAACUCAUCAGAAAGUCCACACUGUAGAGAAACCAUUCAAAUGUGAGGAAUGUGGGAAAGGCUUCAGUCGUAGAUCAACACUUACUGUUCAUUGUAAAUUACACACGGGAGAGAAACCUUACAAUUGUGACAAAUGUGGAAGGGCCUUUAUUCACGCUUCACAUCUUCAGGAACAUCAGAGGAUCCACACUGGGGAAAAACCAUUCAGAUGUGAUAUAUGUGGGAAGAACUUCCGUCGUCGAUCAGCACUUAAUAGCCAUUGUAUGGUCCACACGGGAGAGAAGCCAUACAAAUGUGAGGACUGUGGGAAGUGCUUCACUUGUAGCUCAAAUCUUCAUAUCCAUCAGAGGGUCCACACAGGAGAAAAACCCUACAAAUGUGAGGAAUGUGGUAAGUGCUUUAUUCAGCCUUCACAAUUUCAGGCCCAUCGGAGAAUCCACACUGGAGAGAAACCAUAUGUGUGUAGAGAGUGUGGUAAGGGAUUCAUUUACAGUUCAAGUUUUCAAGCCCAUCAGGGAGUUCACACAGGAGCGAAACCAUACAAAUGCGAUGAGUGUGGGAAGAGCUUCAGGAUGAAAAUCCAUUAUCAAGUUCAUCUCGUGGUCCACACAGGAGAGAAACCCUAUAAAUGUGAGCUGUGUGGGAAGGGCUUCCGUCAGAGUUCAUAUCUCAAAAUCCACCAGAAGGCCCACAGUGUGGAGAAACCUUUUAAGUGUGAGGAAUGUGGGCAGGGCUUCAAUCAGAGUUCACGACUUCAGAUUCACCAGCUGAUUCAUACUGGGGAGAAACCAUUCAAAUGUGAAGAGUGUGGAAAGGGAUUCAGCCGUAGAGCAGAUCUUAAAAUUCAUUGCAGAAUCCACACAGGAGAGAAACCGUAUAAUUGUGAGGAAUGUGGAAAGGUAUUCAGUCAGGCCUCACAUCUUCUGACCCAUCAGAGAGUCCACAGUGGAGAAAAGCCAUUCAAAUGUGACAAGUGUGGGAAGAACUUUAGUCGGAUUUCACACCUUCAAGCCCAUCAAAAAGUCCACACUGGAUUAAAGCCAUACAGAUGUGAAGAGUGUGGGAAGGGCUUCAAGUGGAGCUUGAAUCUUGACAUGCAUCAGAGGGUCCACACGGGAGAAAAACCAUAUAAGUGUGGGGAGUGUGGUAAGCACUUCAGUCAGGCCUCAAGUCUUCAACUUCAUCAGAGUGUCCACACAGGAGAGAAACCAUACAAAUGUGAUGAAUGUGGGAAAGGCUUCAGUCGUAGAUCAGCACUUACCAUUCAUGGUAAAUUACACACGGGAGAGAAACCGUAUAAUUGUGAAGAGUGUGGGAGGGCCUUCAGUCAGGCCUCCCAUCUUCAGGACCAUCAGCGAGUCCACACUGGGGAGAAACCAUUCAAAUGUGAUGCGUGUGGUAAGAGCUUCAGUCGGAAUUCACAUCUUCAAUCCCAUCAGAGAGUCCACACAGGAGAGAAACCUUAUAAAUGUGAGGAGUGUGGGAAGGGCUUCAUUUGUAGCUCAAAUCUAUACAUUCAUCAGAGGGUCCACACAGGAGAAAAACCCUACAAAUGUGAGGAAUGUGGUAAAGGCUUUAGUCGGCCUUCAAGUCUCCAAGCCCAUCAGGGAGUCCACACUGGAGAGAAAUCAUUCAUAUGUAAUGUGUGUGGUAAAGGCUUUACUCUGAGUUCAAAUCUUCAAGCACAUCAGAGAGUCCAUACUGGAGAGAAACCAUACAAAUGCGAUGAAUGUGGGAAGACCUUCAGGAGGAACUCCCAUUAUCAAGUUCAUCUGGUAGUCCACACAGGAGAAAAACCCUAUAAAUGUGAGGUAUGUGGAAAGGGCUUCAGUCAGAGUUCAUAUCUUCAAAUCCAUCAAAAGGCCCACAGUGUGGAGAAACCUUACAAGUGUGAGGAAUGUGGGCAGGGCUUCAAUCAGAGUUCACGACUUCAGAUUCACCAGCUGAUUCAUACUGGGGAGAAACCAUUCAAAUGUGAAGAGUGUGGGAAGGGAUUCAGCCGUAGAGCAGAUCUUAAAAUUCAUUGCAGAAUCCACACAGGAGAGAAACCGUAUAAUUGUGAGGAGUGUGGAAAGGUAUUCCGGCAGGCCUCAAAUCUUUUGGCCCAUCAGAGAGUCCACAGUGGAGAAAAGCCAUUCAAAUGUGAUGAGUGUGGAAAGAGCUUCGGGCGGAGUUCACACCUUCAAGCCCAUCAAAAAGUCCACACUGGAUUAAAGCCAUACAGAUGUGAAGAGUGUGGGAAGGGCUUCAAGUGGAGCUUGAAUCUUGACAUGCAUCAGAGGGUCCACACAGGAGAAAAACCAUAUAAGUGUGGGGAGUGUGGUAAGCACUUCAGUCAGGCCUCAAGUCUUCAACUUCAUCAGAGUGUCCACACGGGAGAGAAACCAUACAAAUGUGAUGCGUGUGGUAAAGUCUUUAGUCGGUCUUCACAGCUACAGUCUCAUCAGAGAGUUCACACAGGGGAGAAACCUUACAAGUGUGAGAUAUGUGGUAAGACCUUCAGUUGGAGAUCAAAUCUUACAAUUCAUCAUAAAAUUCAUGCUGGUGAUAAAUCAUAUAAAAGUAAUAGGGCUGGUAAGAACAUGAGAGAGUGCACACAGGUAAAAAGUUUUAUAAAAUAAUUAAAAAAAAAUUCGAGUGUCAUGUGAAUUCUUCCAAUCAAGUUUGAAAGAAAAAUUUUUUUUCAUUAAAGCAGUGUUUUAGUCCUAGCUUAACAUAUCCUGGUAGUCAGGAGGGCACACAGCAGAGAACCCUUGUAAGUAGCAUAGUAUGGGCUUCAGUUAGAAAUUUGACCUUUAUUAAAUAUUACUCAGAAGGAGGCCUUAGAAAGGGUAAGAGUUGUAUCAGGCCUUCUACUAAAGUAUCAUGAUGGACAAGCCAAAAUUAAUGCCCAGUAGAAUGUAAGCUCUAAACACACAGACCUUUGUUCUGAAUCCACAUGGUCUUAACGUUGCCAGGUAUUUCACAGGAACUCCAUAUUUGUUAAAGGGAAAAAUUAUAUUUGAAAACUGUUGAGAUCACCUCCAAAAUUUCAUAAAAAUUUGUAUUCAGAACAAGAAAGUGAAAUGAAGCCUUAACAAAAUCAAUUCAGGGAGACAAAGUUGAAAUGUUAGAAAACCAUCCAAAACUGCAAUGGAGAAUUCUGUAUUGCCCUGUGUGAUUAGCUCCUGUUUUUUCCCCGAUCUCUCAUCCAGUUGGGUACUAUCAUCUUGGACUUUGUCUACUGUUCUACUGAUUUUAUACAGUAUAAACUCGGUUUUUGUGACAAUACACUUGACAGUAACAACAUUACAUGAUUGGUUUUUUUCAAGAAUGUCAAAGCAGGAUUUUAAGUGUUACAUUUACUAAUGACAAUUCUUCACAGCCAAUGAAAGAGCUGCUCUUUCAUUGGUAAUGUUGGGUAUUUACUGUUCACUCCCAAUGUGCAUGGCUUACUGACCCUAACUCCCAUCUACACCAAAUAACUAAACUUCUAGCUGUGUAUCCAGUUUCACUCGCCUUUGUAGGUCAUUCAGUUUCAGCUCCUGUUUGACACCAUGGGCUCAAAUUCUCUAUUUUUGGCCUCUGAGGAAUUUGCUUAUCUUAGAUUUGAGUGUGGCUACUUAUUAAUACUUUGGGGACUUGUUAUAUGUAAUCAGCAUUUUUUUUUUCUUUUAAGGGAUAUAACAGCAAAUUCGGUUAGUGGCUGAAUGGCAGCACAUUGAUUCACAACCUUGUAGAUUCCCUUAUGUCCUGGGACAUCGAUGGGAAGGAAUAGAAUACUGAAAAAUUGAGGUGGCAAUAUAUGACCAGAUUCCAACAAAGCUAAGGCCUUUGACUUCUAAACUUAGGAGUCUCCUUUGCCAUUAGAAGCCUUCCUCUCCUCUCUGUGUUAGUCUCCCCUUGCCUGAAGAACCUGUUAUGACCUCCCCUGAGAUAGUUUCCUUGCAGGGAACCGUAGAUUCUCAAAACUUGGGUCUACCACCUCCCAUUUUUCUAGACGCAUUAAUCAGAUUCGAGUCAUAGCAGGCCACAGGGAGGGAGGUUGGCUGGGGAAAGUCAUCAGGUAUAAAUAAAGGAUGACCAUGAGGAGGUGCUAUAUACCUGCCAAAAUCAGGAUUUUUAUAAUUUAUAUCAAUAGAAACUUAAGAAAUAUAUGUGAUUGUGAAUCUUGUGAGUAUUGACUCAAGUAGUACAAUAUGGGUUAGGCUGGAUUUGUUGAUACAGGUGCACUGAACAUUUCUAGACCUGGACCCAAAGUUAGCUUGUGCCAAAGUCAAAAUGCCAGAACUUUUUAAGUGUGUUGUAGGACAGCUGCUUGACAGCACUAUUGACAUUUUGGGUGAGAUAAUUCUUCAAAGUCAGGGACAAUCCUGUGCAUUGUAGGAUGUUUAGCAGCAUCUCUGCUCUCUACCCACUAGAUGCCAGUAGCACAUCCUUUCUCCCAAGUAACAAUAAAAAAUGUCAGUACUGCCAAGUGUCCCGGUGGGGAGGGGCAAAAUUGUCCCCAAGUGAGCACUGUGGUAGAAGAAGGUAUACAAAGACAGGAAUGUCAGGCUACUGAAGUGCAAGACCUGCUCGCCCAACCCCCUAUGUGCCCUGGGAGAGUUCAGAGGACACCCUUUACCAAAGAUUUAAGAAAUUCAUUGGUGAGGGGAGCACUGGCCAUCUUGCAGAGCUCUGUAGUUACUCUUCUCUGCAGACGAGAAAUGAGGGAUUAGGACAUCAAAAUGGGCUUCUUGAAUUAAGUGAGCAUGAUGGGGUUCUGGGGCAUCAGAGGUCAAGUGGAGGUACUUUCUUGACAGAGAAAGUGAUUGUUAUAAUGAACAGCAAAGCCAAAGGGAUCAUCAGAAAGGUUUGGUUCACAGAAAUUAUUGCAUUUGCCCAUUGUGCUGUCCCUGGGGCUUAAAUAGAUGGGAAACAUAUUAUCCUACUUGACUUCCAUACGUGGAAAAGCUCUAGGUCUGGUGAACAUAAGUCUGAUGAAUCAGUGUGAGAGUUGUGGCCCCUUAGCCAAUUUCAUAGCAUUUAGUCAGUUCCCAUUUCCAGAGCACCUUGAAUGUGGGGCAGGCCAGGUCCCCUUGGACCCUGAUAUACUGCCAAAACUAUGCCAUAAAUCACCUUAGACUUCUCAAAGUGACUUGCCGCCAUAUUUAUUGGAGAGUGUGUAUUAGGUAAGUGAAAAUAACCAGAACAGUGAGGGAUUACUGGAUCCUAGAGCUAACAUUAACUCCUGAAAACCCCCAAAUAGCUCUGUGGUCUACCAGUUAGUAGAGGGGCUUAUAAAGGACAAAUAAUAAACGUUCUCACUCAGGUUUAUAUAUGGUGGUCUGAAGGAUCCCCGAACCCAUCUUGCGUUUAUUUCCCAAGUUCCAGAAUACAGAGUUGCAAUAGAAAUAGCUGGCAGAAUCCUUACAUUGGAUCCCCGACCCAUGGAACAAAGGCUCUUUCGAUAAGAAAGGCAAGUAAACACUAGAAUUGCCCCCCAUGUACCAAAAUAAAACCCCAAAUCAUAUUCUUGGUGGAUUACAGAGAUUAGUGCCACUAUCAGUAUCUUGAAAGGCAUGAUUUCUAUCACAUUCCCAUUCAAGUCACUCAUUUGACCUAUAUGGAAGAUAGGUAACUUAGAGAAUGACAUGGGGAUAUUGUAAACUUAAUUAGGAUUUAAGUCCAGUUGCAGCUCCAGAUGUGGUUGUAUUGCUGGAGCAAAUCAACCCAUCUGUCGGCAGUUGAUGUGCAGCCAUUGAGCCAACAUGUACUUUUUUUCUCUAUACUUAGUAAAUAUCAUAAAAAGAAACUUAGUUUCAUCUGGUACCAUCAAUACACCUUUAUACCCCCAGUUCAGGGCUACAUCAAUUCCAACCCUCUUUCACAUAUUAGUCCAAGGAUUGGCAAACGACGAUCCAUUGGUCAA